CGCAGGUCGUUGAUGAAUUAAAGAUCCAGCACCUCAAGCUCAUUUCCUCUAUCCAUCCUCCCUCAGACAUUCAAAUCUGUCCGCAGCCAUGGCGUCUCUAAUGAAUUCAGAACAUAUACCCUCGGAUCAACCUGGCUACUCGUUCGCAAACCACGCCGCAUCGGCACAAGAAGCCUCAGGACUCAAACAACAUGCCUUCUAUCCAUACACUGACAACGGCGGAUCCACACUCGGUAUCACAGGCGCAGACUUUGCCAUCCUCGCCGGCGACACGCGCUCUACCUCUGGCUACAACAUCAACUCCCGCUUCGUCCCCAAACUGUUCCGGAUUGGGGAAGAUGGUUCCGACGAGCAAUCCUCGCGGAUCGUGCUUGCAGUUGUGGGCUUUGCGGCCGACGGCAACGCACUAAAAGAACGCCUCGAUGCCAUUGUCAAGAUGUACAAGUAUCAGCACAACAAACCCAUAAGUGUCAAAGCGUGCGCGCAACGCCUUUCGACGAUCUUGUACCAGAAGAGAUUCUUCCCAUAUUAUGUGCACGCGAUCCUGGCGGGAUUGGAUGAGGAUGGCAAGGGGGCGUUGUAUUCAUACGAUCCUGUGGGGAGCUACGAGCGGGAACAGUGCAGGGCUGCGGGCGCGGCGGCGAGUUUGAUCAUGCCUUUUCUGGACAAUCAAGUCAACUACAAGAACCAAUACAUACCAGCGUCAGGUGUGGGACAUGACUUGAAGCAGAGGCCGGUGGAGAGUCUGCCGAAAGAUGUGGUUGUUGGGCUGGUCAAGGAUGCUUUUACCAGCGCAACGGAACGACAUAUUGAGGUGGGUGAUGGGUUGCAGAUGUUGGUCAUCACCAGGGACGGGAUAGAGGAGACAUUCACGCCCCUCAAGAGGGAUUAGAACCACACUGAAGACUCAGCUUCUAGGGGGCUUUGUUUCUGUAUGCAUAGCUCGGCGAAAUGGGGUCAGGCUGGAAACCCGAAGCCACAUGGGUUGGGUCAAUCUAGUUUACCUGGGGUCGUCAUCAUUUGGUUUCUAUUCUUUUCCCGUUUCAUUGCAAGGAUAUGGCUGAGGUUCCAGGGUGGUAACGACAAACCACAUUUCCCUCCGGUCGUUUUCAUGCGAAUCCAUCCAUCCAUCUCGAACGCCCGUUCCCAUUGAUCACCGCAACAUUUCAUAUGCACUCGUGAAAAAGCCCUCUGAUGCACCGUGCCAUGGGUAAUAGUGAAAG